CAAACACAGGUGUGGGUGGAUGUGGACGGACGCUGUCAUUGGCCGGCUGCGGCGGGUUACGUGCUGACGUAAGGCGCUCUGGUACUGUCAGGGAGAUCAUCCGGAAGCGGCGGGGUCAGAGGUCACAGCGGGACAUGGACUGGUGACUCCCCGACCACCCUCUCCUGCCCCUCCAGGAUGCACGCCCGCUUGCUGACAGAUCUGUGGGGGCGCUUACGAUGUCGCGGGUUGCGCUGUUUGUGUACUCCGCAGCGUACAGCAUCCACAGAGGUACCGGCUCUUCCUCCUCGGGCCCAGGUGGUCAUCUGUGGAGGUGGCAUCAUGGGUGCCUCAGUGGCGUAUCACCUGACCAAGUUGGGCUGGCACGAUGUUCUGUUACUGGAGCAGGGAAGGUUAGCCGCUGGCUCCACGCGGUUCUGUGCCGGAGCGGUCAGCACAGUCAAACACAUUUCCAUAGAAACGGAAAUGGCUGAUUAUUCCAACAAACUUUAUCAACAGCUGGAGGAAGAGACGGGGAUCCCCACAGGCUACACUAGAACGGGGUCCAUCCUGCUGGCACAGACACAGGACCGGCUUAUAUCUCUCAGACGUAUGGUGUCACGGUUAAGAAUGAGGGGAUCCGUGUGAGUCAUUACGCCAAGGCAAGUUGGCGAGCUCCACCCCCUUAUUAAUAUUCAUGAUCUAGUUGGAGCUAUGUAUGUGCCAGAGGAUUCCGUCGUAUCCACCGCAGAUGUGGCUCUAGCUUUGGUGACUGCAGCUCGGAGUAAAGGUGAGUCACCAGAUCCCAGUGGCAGGAUAUACAUCCGCAGUUGGCAAGGUGGCAUUCUCUCAGGAGGCUGAAAGAACCCAAAACCUAUUUCACGAGAGGGUCGGAACCAGCUGGAAAUCCAGAACCUGCAAGAAGACUGGGAUCACUUUGAACCGCUGCUCAGUGCCCUUCUGCGCCGAAUGCCCUCUCUGGAGGCACUGGAGAUUCUACGUCUCGUUAACUGUCCAGAAUCGUUUACCCCAGACAUGCGGUGUGUGAUGGGUGAGAGUCACCUUCUCAGAUACUUUAUCCUGGCUGGUAUGAACUAGGGCUGCUCUCUCGGAGGCGGAGCUGGAAGGUUCCUUGCAGAGUGGAUGGUCCAUGGUUACCCACAAGAUAAUGUCUGGCCCCUGGAUAUCAAGCGUUUUGGGCUGCAGAGCAGCAGAACCUUCCUGCGGCACAGAGUGAUGGAGGUGAUGCCUCUCAUCUACGACCUAAAGGUUCCCCGCUGGGACUUCCAGACCGGGCGGCAGCUGCGCACCUCGCCCCUCUAUGAUCGGCUGGACACUCAGGGGGCCCGAUGGAUGGAGAAGCAUGGGUUCGAGAGGGCCAAAUACUUCAUUCCUCCAGGGAAAGAUCUGCUGUCUCUGGAUCAGAGCAAAACCUUCUACAAGCCAGACUGGUUUGAUAUUGUGGGAUCGGAGGUGAAAUGCUGCAAAGAGGCGGUGUGCGUCAUCGACAUGUCUUCCUUCACCAAGUUUGAAAUUAGCUCCCCGGGAGACCAGGCUGAAAUUCUGCAGUAUCUCUUCUCCAAUGAUCUGGACGUCCCUGUAGGGCACAUUGUCCACACGGGAAUGCUGAACGAGCGGGGGGGAUAUGAGAACGACUGCAGUGUAGUUCGGCUCAACAAACGCAGCUUCUUCAUGAUCUCUCCCACAGACCAGCAGGUGCAUUGCUGGUCCUGGCUGAGGCAGCACAUGCCGCGUGACAGUGAUCUGCUGCUGGAGGACGUGACCUGGAAAUACACAGCCCUGAACCUGAUUGGACCACGUGCCAUGGAUGUGCUGUCGGAGUUGUCCUAUGCUCCGAUGACCCCUGACCACUUUCCAUCCUUGUUCUGCAAGGAGAUGAGUGUGGGAUAUGCCAACGGGAUCCGGGUCCUCAGCAUGACGCAUACAGGAGAGCCAGGCUUCACUCUCUACAUUCCCAUUGAGUACGCUUUGCACGUUUACAACGAGAUCAUGAGCGUUGGCCAGAAGUAUGGGAUCCGGAACGCUGGUUACUAUUCACUGAGGAGUCUGCGGAUUGAGAAAUUCUUUGCCUUCUGGGGCCAAGACCUGGACGCUUUCACCACGCCGCUGGAAUGUGGGCGGGAGUUCCGAGUCAAGCUGGACAAGGGCUACGACUUCAUUGGCCGGGACGCCUUGCUGCGGCAACGCGAAGAAGGGGUCUUUAAACGGUUUACAAUGUUUAUCUUGGAGGAUCACGACACAGAUCUAGACCUCUGGCCCUGGUGGGGGGAGCCCAUCUACCGCAACGGGGAGCAUGUGGGUAAGACGACCAGCAGUGCCUAUAGCUACACACUCGGGCGGCACGUGUGCCUGGGAUUCAUCCACAGCCAGAAUCCAAUCACCCCAGAAUUCAUCAACCGAGGAGAGUAUGACAUAGAGAUCGCCGGACAGAGGUUCCACGCCAAAGCCAAGCUGUACCCCUUCAGCUCCUUGUUUACUCAGAGACGCAGGAAGGAAGACCUGGAGAUUGGAUACUAGGAGAUUGGAUUACCGCGUCCUUUGGAUGAUGGUAGGGCAACCGAUGGGAUUAAUGGCAGACGCAAAGACUGGAUAAGCGGGGGAUGUGCUCGUCAGUACCCACCUUCCGGCUGCUAGAGGAGUCCAGAAUUAUAUCAUGAAGUCUGGGUAACAGCAGAAGUUACUAAUGCGCAGCCGGCUGGGGACUGUGGCCCUUAGAUGCCCAUCCCUGGGGCGGGAGUAACAUAUGCGUUUACGAUAUGUGACCGUAGAAUUGCCUCUUGCCUCGAUUUCACCAAUGCCCCCACGCAACUAACCCGGCUAUGUAAGUCGUCAACGCAAUACUGCGUUCUACAGUAAAUGCAAAAUACGCCCAAGUUUUAUUGUCACUUUAUUGCUCUGCAGGCGUUACGUAGAUGAUGGGAGGGAUAACGCUAACCUUACUACCCUUCAUUUAUGUGCUUAGUAACGAGAGUAGGAGGAGGUAUAGUAAUCGGCCAGGAAGCAAAGUGUUAACAUUACAUCCCAGUUGGACAGCGCCCCCUAGGGAUGGAAUGAUCAGGAAUUAGGGUAGAACGUCAGCCAAACCUCUAUCACACCUGUCAGUAUAUUCGUUUUAUUGAACCAGUUAAACAUGCCUUUGUUUUCUAUGUGACGUCUGUUGUUCUGCACAUGGACGCCGUGGCUGGAGCACGUCUGAGAUGAUGUUCCCAGCUAGUAACCUUUCACCCUAGUUCUAAUCCCCUGGAGUCCCUGUCCCAGUUUUCUGCAGAGGAGAUUGUGGGCCUGACCCCCGAUUCGUUGGACCAGAGCCGUCUUAUAAGCCAAGUGCGUCAUAAUGUCAUUUUAGUACCGAUUUUUCUACCUGCUCUCGUUCCCUCCAACUCCGUUGAUGGAAAUAACAGUGCAACACCAGAACUUACUUAAAGAUAAAAGCACUUUAGUUUCUGGAUGCUGAUCCGGAACCCGGUUUUAUAUUGGAGAAAAGCGUCCGUCCUGGCACCGCUAUGCCCGGGACGCUCCAUUUUAUCGAUUAUAUCCAGCAAUGGGAAGACACCGGCUCAUCACUCCAGGAGUGCCUGUCGUCCGUACAGGGUGUUCAGCUACAUUUAUAUCAUUGUUACUGUAUAUAGCCAACAAUAAAUAAGUGUUGAAGCACAA